AUGGCGGCGAAGCGAUCGCGGGCCGCAAUGGAGGAGCAGGAGAAGGCGUCGACGCGGAGCGACGACCGCGAGCAGGCGGUGAACCGCUGGGUGCUGCAGUUCUACUUCCACCAGGCCGUGGCGGCCUACCGCGCCGGGCGGAACCGCGACUUCCGGCAGCUCCGCGAUGUGAUGCAGGCGCUGCUCGUGCGGCCCUUGGAGCGGGAGCCGGCGGUGGCCCAGAUGCUGCGCGUCAUGCAAUUCCUGUCGCGGAUCGAGGAAGGCGAGAACCUAGAUUGCACCUUUGAUAAAGAGACAGAGCUCACUCCUCUUGAGUCAGCAAUUGGAAUCUUGCAGCUUAUUGCAAAAGAAUUCAGUGUGCCUGAAAAGAAGAUAGAAUUCAUCCACAAAGUACUGAAGGAAGCUGCUGUUAUUGUCUGCAUAAAAAACAAAGAGUUCAGUAAAGCUUUGGCAGUUUUGAAGAGACAUAUGGAGAAGGAUACUGGAAACCAGAAGAAGAGGACUGAGUUGCAGACUAUCAUCCGGGAGAAGAAUCGUGCUCAUCCAAUAAUCAGAGACUUCUCAUACGUGAACUUCCAGCAGUAUAUGUUUCAGUUCCUGAAGGCCUACGUGGAUACCUCAGAGCCGCUGCUGGUAACGAUGAUGAAGAGUCUGAAUUCAGAACGUGCUGAAGAGGCAAAGCGCUCAUCAGUGAUUCCUGAGUCUCCAAGUAGGACAGAGGACCAGGAAGAAGCUUAUGAGCCCUUAAGGAGGGUAAAGCACUCAGUGGGAACUCUGAGGCGUGCAGAAACUGCAAGAGAUGUGAGAGCUCCAAGCCACCCUGAAAUGGCGAAGGACCCGACUGGAGCUCCAGAGCAUGUAGAAACAGGGAAAGAUGUGAGAGCUCCCUGCCAUGCUGAAAGUACAGAGGAUUCACUAGGAGCUCCACGAUGUGCAGAAACUGCAGGAGAUGUAGUGGGAGCUCCAAGUCCCCCUGAAAUGACAGAGGACCCGCGAGGAGCUCCAAAGCGUGCAGAAACAGCCAGAGAUGUGGUGAGAGCACCCAGCCCUGCAGAGAGUACAAAGGACCCAGCGGGUGCUGCAGAGCAUGCGGACACAGCGAGAGAUGGGAGAGCUCCCAGCCCUGCUGAAACUGCAAAGAACCCGUCAGGAGCUCCAGAGUGUGCGGACACAGUGAGAGCACCCAGCCCUGCUGAAAGGAGAAAGGACUCUGUAAAAGCUCCACAGCACCCAGAAACAGCCAGAGAUGUGGUGAGAGCACCCAGCCCUGCUGAAAGGGCAGAGGACGCAGCAGGAGCUUCCGAGCCUGUGAAAAGUGCCAGUUACCCAGCGGUUCCUCAGCCUCAAAUAGCAGCUGUUAAGAGCUCGAGAGCUUUUUCAGUGCCUAUGGAAGUAUCUGAACAACCAGCAGCUGCAGCUCCAGUGCAUGCAGGAGUGUCCUCCAGGGAUUUGGAAAGGAGGCCCUUUAGAACUGUAACCACCUACGGGAUUUCUGUUCUGAGAGAAGCUUUCAAGAUGCUGACCAGCUCCCCGGAUUCAGAUGCACUCUUCAACAAACUGGAUGAAACAGACUUACCUUCCCCCCAGCAAAUGUCUCCUUCUGUAUCCCACAGAACCAAGAGACGGAAAGAAGAGAAGAAUCAAGGUUCUGAGACCAUAGACUCUCCUGAAAUACCCCAUAAGAGCAAACGCUUGUUUACCAUAAGCAAAAUGGUCAUGGACCAAAGCAGCCAGUGCAGCAAGUCAAGUGAAAGCCCAGACUCUUCCCAGGAACGAGUUGUAUCUUCUGCCUAUAGACCUGUUCAAGAGUUGUCUGACCAGCCUGUAUCUGCUGAAAGGUCCUCUAGACCAAGGUGGAACAGUUCAUAUUGUGAAGAAAGAAAAGACAGCUGGAGUGAUGAAGAUGAGCUCUUUGCAGAUGCAGCAUUAACUGAGACGAGCAGCAACAACUCUACAGUCUAUGGUUCCAAGAAACAGAAAUGGACAGUGCAGGAAAGCGAGUGGAUCAAAGACGGCGUGAGGAAGUAUGGAGAAGGGAGGUGGAAAACCAUCUCUGAGAAAUACCCCUUCCAGAACCGCACCUCGGUGCAGAUCAAGGAUCGCUACCGGACCAUGAAGAAGCUGGGCAUCGCCUAAAGCUGGGCCCAUCCUUAGUGUCAGUGUUCUUGUUCUUUAAGGUUGACCAUAGCAAUACUAGC